UAUUUUUUGCAACCAUCAUCUCCCCUCUUCCAUCAGACUAGCAGCUCUCACUCAGCUCCACCCAUUUUAAGAGCUUUGUUCUGAGUGUUUAAAAGGGAAAAGGUUGCGUGACAGGCGGGCGUGCGAUUUUGGAGCUACGAAAUACUGCCUUUAUCUCCCCGAUGUGUUGAUUCUUGCUCUGACAUUGAUAACCUUCGGCUGUGCCGCGCACUUCUCACGCGACUCGCAUUGCAGGGGAUCCCUCUGUAGGCCUACUAUGGACCAUAAUCCGCACAUCGAUCUAUUGAGGAAUGCAGUUACUUUUGAACAAGCUGUGGACAUGUUUCCAGAAUAGAAGAGCCAUUUUGAUAGUAGCACUUGCAACAUUUUUUGCCUGCUAUGGCUUUUACAGUUCCAACUUCUGUGCCAACUACAGUAAUGGAUUGGACGACGUGUCAAAGAGCACUGCUGAUUACUAUGCAGGAGAGACUACCGAGCAGUAUUUUUCCCUUGGCCCUGAAAAUGCUGCCCGCGUCAGGGUCAGCUACCCUGAGCCGGACACACUGUCGGUUAGCAAUUCAACCGAAAAUAUUCAUCAGACUGAACCAAAAAGUGGCCAAAAAGCGAAAAGGAGGCUUCCUCAGGCACUAAUAAUUGGCGUUAAAAAGUGUGGGACUAGGGCCUUGCUCGAGUUCAUCAGGGUGCAUCCUGAUAUAAGAGCAGCUGGUUCUGAAAUCCAUUUUUUUGACCGCUUCCACGACCGAGGCUUUGAGUGGUACAGACUCCAAAUGCCUCCAACCUUUGAGGGUCAAGUAACUAUGGAAAAGACCCCAAGUUAUUUUGUUACCAGAGACGUUCCUAAGCGAGUUUUCCAAAUGAAUCCCGCAAUAAAGAUGUUGAUUGUUGUCAGGGACCCAGUGGAGAGAGCCAUUUCUGAUUACACUCAAGCUUCAAGCAAAAAAUUAGACAUGAAGAACUUUGAGGACUUAGCCUUCAUCAACGGCUCGAGUAAACUGGUAGACACAACGUGGGGUCCAGUUCGCAUAGGAGUGUACAUUAGACAUCUGGAGAGGUGGCUCCGUCAUUUCCCCCUGAGUCAAUUCCUCUUCGUGUCUGGAGAACAGUUGAUCACCAACCCUGCCGCUGAAAUGGUGCGCGUUCAGAGAUUCCUUGGAGUCAAGCAGUUUGUGUCACAGCAGCAUUUUUAUCUGAACACUACAAAAGGGUUUCCGUGCUUGUUAAAAGCGGCAGCCAGCCCUGGCCCACGCUGUCUGGGCAAGACUAAGGGCAGAAACCAUCCCUUAAUCAAGAUGAGUGUUAUUCAGCUGCUUCGGGAAUUUUUCCGUCCUUUCAACGCUCGCCUCUACCAAGUGACGGGCAUUAAUUUUGGCUGGCCUUAAAACCAAAGAGCGUUUUUAAAGUAAUAAGUGUAUGAUGUGACAAUUUUCAGUGUUUGUUAACCAAAAGCUUCGUCUGACUGGAAGGUUUUUAUAUUAUUUUUAUGGGGAUUCUGGAGGAUAAAGAAUCUUGUGCCAAAAAUGUGACUAUAUACACACACAAAACUUGCAUUCAAUCAUCGAUGAGCUAUAGUUGCCAAAAUAAAUACGGCUUAUUAAAAAAUAUUUGAAAAUCUAAGACAAGGGAUCAUGUUAGGUGGUACCAUUUUGCAUACCUAUUAUUUUCUAUACAAAAUAUUCCUCUGUGCAUACAAAAUAAGCAAGUCAUUGCUGUGUCAUGUGCCAAACAGAAGCUUUGUAAAUAUAUAGUUGUUUUAAAGAUAACUUUUUGUGCCAAGCGGGCUCUCAUUUAGGAUUUGUGCAGAGACAUUUAAAUUAUUCGAAGCUCCAAGUUCUUGUUAAAAAAAUUUAAUCAAGACUGCGGUAUUACUCCAUGGCACAAAGAGCAAAAGUAAGUUUCCUGAUCUCAAUGAGGCGUGAGGCCUCUCAAAAAUAGCAAUAAGAAAAUUUGUCAGCGUUUGUUCUUUUUUAAGUUUUUGGUGUUAUUAACUAAUGACGCAUUUAUUUAUUCUGCGUACCUCAAUUAGAGUGCACAAUUCUACUAGUGGAUUUAAGUGACCUGAACGACAAUUACACGCUAUAUACAUAAUUAAUGUGUUAACAAUUACCCCUGCCUUAUUUUUAUCAUCUCAUUAACCUUAACCUUGUGAUUUAUUUAUAGCAACAAUUUUAUUUUGUUACUUAUUUUGCGUUUAGUUUGCCAGUGAAUAAAAAUGUUCGCAGUUAAUAAA